UUUGGAGAGAUUUAUUUUGCGUUUCCAAACUGCUUCUGCCUGUCGGCGCCUGUGUGGAAACUGCGACGAGUCUGGAAGUAGCUGCCGGAGAGGCGGGGCGGAGGUGUGACGUCAUCGCCGCGGGGCGGAGGCGACAGUGUCUAGCCGGGGCUCCGCGUGUAGCUACGCCGACAGAACUGGCUUUGAGACAGCGUGAUUCUCCGCAGCUGGCCGCCUCCCCGUGGUGUUCAGCCCACGUCGAGUCCUGAGCUGAGAUGGCAGACGAUCUCGGAGACGAGUGGUGGGAGAACCAGCCAACUGGAGCAGACAGCAGCCCAGAAGCAUCAGAUGGUGAAGGAGGAGGAGACACAGAAGUGAUGCAGCAGGAGACAGUUCCAGUUCCUGUACCCUCAGAGGAAACCAAACAGCCUAAAGAAUGUUUUUUGAUACAACCAAAGGAAAGAAAAGAGAAUACCACCAAGACCAGGAAGAGGAGAAAGAAGAAAAUUACUGAUGUUCUUGCAAAAUCAGAACCAAAACCAGGGUUACCUGAAGACCUACAGAAGCUGAUGAAGGACUAUUAUAGCAGCAGACGCUCGGUGAUUGAAUUAGAAGAACUGAACCUGCCAGACUCCUGUUUCCUCAAGGCCAAUGAUUUGACUCACAGUCUUUCCUCAUACCUAAAAGAAAUCUGUCCUAAGUGGGUAAAACUUAGGAAAAACCACAGUGAGAAGAAAUCGGUCCUGAUGCUGAUCGUCUGCAGCUCAGCCAUCCGAGCCCUGGAGCUCAUUAGGUCGAUGACAGCAUUCAGAGGAGACAGCAAAGUUAUAAAAUUAUUUGCAAAGCACAUAAAGGUCCAGGAGCAGAUGAAGUUGCUGGAGAAGCGUGUGGUGCACCUGGGUGUAGGAACUCCAGGGAGAAUUAAAGAACUUGUUAAACAAGGUGGCUUUAAUUUGAACCCCUUAAAAUUUCUGGUUUUUGACUGGAACUGGAGAGAUCAGAAGUUGAGAAGAAUGAUGGACAUUCCCGAGAUAAGAAAGGAGGUAUUCGAACUUCUGGAAAUGGGAGUGCUCAGUCUGUGCAAGUCAGAAUCUUUGAAACUGGGCCUUUUCUAAGUCUGUGUCUUAAUGAAGAUUCCAGUCUUCACAGUAGAAGUUGCAUCUUAUUUAAUGACUCUGAUAUAUUGCAAGCACUCAGUAAAUAUCAGCAAAUAGUUUAUGUUAACUGUGUCAGCAGAUAGAUCGCUGGAAUGUGGGGAUUCUGAAACAGGAAUGAAUCUGUCCUUUUGACAACUCUCUUAUAUAAUAAAGUAUCACCGGCUUGUGUGUGA